CCUUUAACAUCUGAAUGGCGACGAUUGGUUGCAUGACGAAACUCAACUAACGCACCAAAGACAAACAAUCGAUGUCGGAGACACUUUCCCAGGUUGCUUCAAUUUAUGUCGCUCCUGCUCUUCGCAGCUACAUUGUUGACGGAACUCACCAUAUAAGGAAAUAACGACCCAAUCCGCCUCAGAGUACUAACCCGCCAGGAUGACGUCUACCUAGGGUGAUCUUUUCCUUUCGAAUACGCACUUGUUGUUAUAAUAAUAUACGGAUACAUGACAUCAGUAUGGCUUGUUUGGUGAGAGCAUUACUUCGUACGAUAGCAUGUUCUUGAUGAUAUUUUAAAACUGCAAAGAUGCAUUCUAGACAAUCUCGCAGAAUAUCUUCUCGCAUGACGAGAACCAAAUCCAUGUCUUCAGUUUCCACACGGCAGCACUCUAUCCCUGGAAACAACAGCGCGGAGGCAAAUUCUCCCAAGGGUCAAGCACUAGCAGCGGCUACACGCGCCUUCAGUCGCAGUAAUGGCCCUGGGCGGGAGAUGAGAGCGACUAAUGAGCUCCCAGGAAGGCAGAAUUCAAGAAAAACAAGAGCUACAAGUCACUUCCAUCCAUUAGCACGCAAGAAAAGCUCCCGUUUAUCCUCACUUUCUCAGAGUCAUCUACGCUUUGGAAAGCGCGGUGCUUCCGGUUCGUCUUUUGAAAAACGCAGGGCUUCUCGAACUUCAUUCAAAUUCGCAGAAUCUUCCCAGAACCAUUCCAGUAAGGCUAAAGACCGUCACCUAACCGAGUCGGCUUUCGACGCUCAGGAGGCUUUUGAAAACAGCCUUGGUUCAUUGCCUUCUUCGUAUCGUCGAGUGAGAAAAGCAAAAUCUGCAUACAUUUUCAGGAGCACUGGGUCUAGAGAUUGCUCCAAGGUAAAUGGCCACGAGAUCUCGCGGGACUUUUCCAAAUAUAAGCCUGCCAGUUCGCAGCCCGUGCUUAGGGAUAGCAGAUCUACGCCAGCGCUGCGCCAUUCCAGAUCUCAGUCAAACGAAUAUCGUGGGGAGAGCCAACAUGAAGAUGCCGUCAUCAGAUUAGCACGGGAACGGUAUCUAAAGGACUUGGAAACUCAGAGAAUGAAGCCGCGGUCAUCGUCGCUUUUCUCUGUUCUUUUACGGAAGCCCUCCGAGCUUGCUCAGGAGAAUAUCAGCGGACCCGUAACUGAAAAUAGAUCUGGAAUGGGAUCACUGGAAGAUCGUUAUUAUACUACCGCAGCAAAUAGCGUAGGCGUUACGCAUCGCGCUCAAGUAAUCUCGUCCAGUAUCAGAACGAGUUUCAAACGCGUCUUCCGCCGUAGUCGUGCCAAACAAGUUCCGAGGCAGCAUGUUUCUAGCGAUCGUCCCUAUUUUAAGGAUUAUAUGCCCUCGAGCUCUGAGUUUCAUGAGCAUUACCGGAAUGUCCCUUUGCCGGAUAGACAUACCCUUUCGAGCAUGCAUUCACGAGAAGCACUCCUCCCCGAACAAUCGAAUCGAGAUUCGCGUUAUGGGUCUUACAGUAUUCGAAGUUCUCAAACUCAAGGCACAUGGAGCAACCUGAGAUCUCGUGUCACAAGCUGGUCGAGCUCCUCCGUUGACGACGAUACCACUCUCCGGCUUGCAAACGAUGUGAAACGACUUUCUGUCAUCGAUGAGGAUGGCGGCCCGUAUCAUUCAUCGUCAUCAACCGGACACAAGAACGUUGAGCGUGGGCUUUCAGUCUUUCAAUAUCCAAUGUACGAUAUUGAGGACAGUUCAAAGCCUAAGAUCCCCAGUACGAGGCGCCUAUAUUCGGCAUUGAUGAAAAGGCUCGACAAUAGCAGUCAGAGAUAUAAACGAAUUCAGAAUUUUCCUGCUAUUGACGGGAAUCAUUCCAGAGAGCCUUUCGAUAGUCUUGGGAUUCCACGGAGAGUAAACACUGACUUUAGCCAGCGGACAUUUCAGACUAUUCGACGUGUUCAAACGAUGCCUGAGACGGAGAAUCUACAUCCGGAAAAGUCAGUAUCGUUUCCGCAACUUCGGUAUGUAUAUGAUGACAAUGAGAAACCGGACUUUAGAUCAUCCGGAAAUCAUUCAAGUAGCGCAGGUGUCUAUGUGCGGCAGACGUUGGGACAUUCACCGCGGAAGACCCAACACGGGCAACCGCUGCGUGAAAUAAGAUCUUCUUUCUACCCUCAUUCGUCGGAGAGUAGAAUGGUAUCUCCAAGUCCUUUCAACCGCGCCAGAGCCGAUCAGCGUAUUAGUCGAGAUAGUUCGGGGAUUGUGAUCCAGAAACGCGCGGGCUGCACCCAUUUGGAGCCUAUUUCCAUUCAUCCUUCAGAAAGUGUUGCAGAAUCAAUGAGUAUAUACUCGAGGACAACGGGUGGGAAGUCGCCACUACCGGAUGAUCACGACAAUCCUAAGGUUUUUGAGGCUGGAACUGCUACCAUCAUCCAGUCACCACAAACAAAAUCGUUGAAAACUUUCCCCUCACUUCGAGUUUCAUCUGAUAAAUCGAAUCAAGAGUGGCAAGCGUGGAUGUCCUCCGAGGUCGCGAAAUUGGAGACCUUGGACACUGACAAGAUUCGUCUGAUCUCUGAUCCCGAACGACGCAAGGGCCAUCGACGUGAACAUGCCCAGAUCGAGGAAGACACGGAAAUUGCUAACCCGGAAGGAUCAGAGACCAAAUCUAUCCCAUUACCCGGUCUUAUAUCUUCCUCAGCUCCUCUUUUGUCCGACAAGUUAACUGAUCGCUUGCCUUCAGGGGGUGUCGAUAGGCAUCGUCCUCUAACAGUCAGGUCUUCGUCUCAGACCAACGUCGAGCCUAAACGGCAGGGAUCCCUACGGAAUAGCCCCGCGCGUGAACUUAGUCCUCGAAAACCUUCUGCAAAUGAAAAUGAAAAUCCGUCUGUGUCGCCAUUGAAGUCUAAACAAGCUAGUCAACUCGAUGCGAUCUCUAAGUCAUUGUCAUUUACUCCCGGUUCCUCUGGUCAAAUAUCGAGCUUGCCAGCGGGCAAUAGGGAUAUCUCUCGUGGCUCGAUCGAAAUUCCCGUAAAGGUAAACAGCAGUUCGCCCAAGUCGCAAGAGAAUGCCAAUAGACGUACGCGAUACAGCCCGGGUAGGACCAGACGCAGCCCUUACGCUGGUGGCCCGUCGGCGGGGCGCUUGAAGCAAUCAAUGCUCGAGCCUUUCGAGCCGUCAGGCCAGCAACUGCAACGCGCAGUUUUCUCAGGCCAAGGACGAGGAGAAAAUGUCGAUCCAGUAGAAAGCUCCGCAGCUACGGGCAGUCAAGCCAUGGUUGAAAAUUUCCUUCGCACUCGACGUAUCAACAUGGAGGACAGGGUUUCUGAGGAGGAUAACAGUGCGUUCCUUUGAGACUAAAAAUUGACUCAACCAAGGCGCUGUGGUAUUGUAGUUUUAUUUUUGAUAAUGCUGGAGCGACCCUAUGUUAUUGUUCUGCUAUUAUCACCAUUUUUAUCUUUGCCCGUUCAGCCUAGUCUCGGAAGAUACUUUUCAUGUCUUUCUUCCGAUUCACAGUCACUACUGCAAGCUUAUUCCCUGCUGUUGAAGGGCAUUGGGUAGAUUAUCUGGCAUUUGUCUGAUUGAGAGAAUCCUCUAGAGUAUUGUUAGGCAUAAUUCACAAAUCAAAUCAGCGGCAAUGAUUAUAAUGACAAUA